AUGGCGUCGACGCAAAUCCCAUCUAAGGAAGAGAGGGCCGAGGCCGCCGCCAGAGCCGCUGCCGACGAGCUCAGCCAGGCCAACCGUGAGAGGAAGGAGCGAGAGGCCGUGGCCGUCGAGGGCGCCGAGCCCCAGCCGGGAGUUAUCGGCAGCAUAAUCCGCACCGUUCAGGGCGCCAAGGACGCCGUCUUGGGCAAAUCCCACGACGCCGCAGACUACACGGCGGAGAAACCCGACGAGGCCAGGGACACCGCCGCCGGAAAGGCCGGUGAGUACGCCGGAUACACUAAAGAGAAGGCGGCGGAAACGAAGGACACCGUCGCCGGAAAAGCCGGCGAGUACAAGGAUACGGCCGCCGAGAAGGCCAAACAAGCCAAGGACACGGCCGCCCAGAAGGCGGCGGAGACGAAAGACACCGUCGCCGGAAAAGCCAGCGAGUACAAGGACACGGCCGCCGAGAAGGCAAAGCAAGCCAAGGAGACGGCCGCCCAAAAGGCGGCGGAGACGAAGGACACCGUCGCCGGAAAAGCCAGUGAGUACAAAGACACGGCCGCAGAGAAGGCCAAGCAAGCCAAGGACACAACCGCCGAGAAGGCCAAGCAAGCGAAGGACACGACUGUGGAGAAAACAGGGGAGUAUAAGGACUACACGUCGGAGAAGGCGGCGGAGGGAAAGGAUGUGGCGGUGGGGAAGAUGGCGGAGCUGAAGGACACGGCGGCUGGGGCCGCCAAGAGGGCGGUGGAAUUUCUGACGGGGAAGAAAGAGGAGACUAAGGAGAAGGUGGCGGAUACAGGCGAGACGGCGAAGGAGAAGGUGGCGGAGACAGGCGAGACGGCGAAGGAGAAGGCAGAGCAAGCGAAGGAGAAGGCAGAGCAAGCUUUGGAGGCCGCUAAGGAGAAGUAUGAAGAGAGUAAAGAAGAUGCAAGGAGGAAAAUGGAGGAACUGAAAAUUGAAAGUGAAAAAUCAAAGGGCGAUGCUGCUGGAAGGAGCUCCGGUGGCGGCGGAGGAAUACUGGGCGCCAUAAAGGAGAAGCUGACCCCACAGCCGGCGGCCGGGAAUAAGGAGGAGGAGGAGCGACAGCAUGGCAGUGGAGCCACGUACGGGCGGCGGAGGAUGGCGGUGGACGAGUACGGGACGCCGGUGGUAGUGAUGGUGGAGGAGGAGGAAGUGACGCCGGCAGAGACGGUGGCCUCGGUGCUGAAGGAGGCUGAUCAAGAGGCGGGCCAGACGUUCAACGAUGUGGGCCCGAUAGACGAGGAGAAGGAGGGCUCUGUAGUGGUGACACGUGUCCGGUCCGGGAAGAUGUGAUGUGAUGUGAUGUGAUUUGAUUGUGGGGUUGCUUCUGGAAGACUUUUUCGUGCUUUUGUUGGGUUGGUUUUUUUUUUUUCUUUUUU